CCUCAGUGCAGUCUGCCAGGGACCCUUCUCCCUUCUGCCUGGCAAAAAAGCAACGUCUGGUGAGACUGUCAGACUACAACCUUGAGCUUAACUCUAAAUCUAAAUCUCCUGUAAUCGCACAUGUAGCCAUUUGAAGGCUGGAAGUACCGACGGGUGGACUCUGACGUUAGCCUACGUGGGGAUGUAAAAGCUCGCCUGAGGGUGUGGGCUCAGGGCGGGUAGCUGUCCUUUGACAGCUCCGGUACUCGACGUCAGGGUACUGGCCGACGUGUCAUCGACCAUUUAACUGUAUGACAAACAGCUUACACGACAGGUGAACCCUUUGUUUUUUUUAAACCAAGAGGAUAUUUAGACCUAUUUUAAUUUCCUUAAUGAAGCUAUUAACCGUGCUAACUAACUAACUAACCGGUAACCAACGGCAACUUGUUAGCUGCUUAGCAACAAGGACCCUGUGGUGGCGGCUAACAAGCUUUAGCUUUUCUCAUUGUGCCAUUAAUUUUAGGAAGUACCUAAAAUAUUUUAUUGCUCGAACAAGACGUGUGCUGCUUUCUCUCUUGUUUUUUUUUACGUCAACAUUGUUAUAAUAUCGAGGCUCAGCUGUAGCUAGCUGCCUCCAUUGUUUACAUGGACACGGGCAGUUGAAGUUGUGGGGUGGUGGUGGGGUGGGGGUAAUGUGGUGGUCGUGACAACACUGGAUGAAACUACAAUAUAACCACAAUAUGGAAAUGGAGCUGGGAGGUAGCUAACGUUUAUCUCAACAGCCGACUCUCUUCCCAAAAAAAAUGAGGCUGUUCGAGGCUGUGAAGGAGGACAGCUGUCCCUCUGCUGGACUGUUUGACUUGGCGUAGGCGUUGGACAAAAGACAGGGGGUUUUGUUUUGUCCGUAUUAAGAGUUUAAGCAAGCCAAAGGCAGGACUGCAUGAGGAGUAUAGGAGAUAAACCGUGCUGGGAACUGGUCCACACUUCAGGCGCAGGGAUGAUGCUAAAGACCCUACUGAUGAUCACCAGUCUCCUCGGCUGGGCGAGAUGUCAAGAGAGCCAGCAGAGCAUGACACCAGAGGAGAAGACUGUCAUCAGGGAUCAGAUUGUUGAAAUGUUUGAUCACGCUUACGGCAGUUACAUGAAAUAUGCCUAUCCAGCAGAUGAGCUGAUGCCUCUAAGCUGCAGGGGGAGAGUCCGUGGCCAGGAGCCCAAUAGAGGGGACAUAGAUGACUCCUUGGGGAAGUUUUCUCUCACACUGAUCGACACCCUUGAUACCCUGGUGGUGCUAAACAAGCUUGAUGAGUUUGAGGACGCCGUGAGGAAGACUGUGAGUGACGUACGCCUAGACAACGAUGUGGUGGUGUCUGUGUUUGAGACCAACAUCAGAGUUUUAGGAGGGCUUUUAGGAGCCCACGUGAUGGCUGACCUGUUACGGCAGCGUGGGGAGAGAAUGCAGUGGUAUCGUGAUGAGCUCCUACACAUGGCCAAAGAGCUGGGCCAUCGAUUACUGCCUGCCUUUAACACCACAAGUGGCCUUCCUUACCCAAAGGUGAAUCUGCGGUAUGGAGUCCUAAAUCCACUUUCACGCACAGGCACUGAAUCGGACACCUGCACAGCAUGUGCUGGAACGAUGAUCCUGGAGUUUGCUGCCCUCAGCAGACUGUCAGGAGAGUCUGUGUUUGAGGCAAAUGCAAGGAAGGCUCUGGACGUCCUCUGGGAGAGGAGACAGAGAGGAAGUGACUUGGUGGGGACUGUUAUCAAUAUCCAUAAUGAAGAAUGGGUCCGGAGGGACAGUGGCGUUGGUGCCGGUAUCGACUCAUACUAUGAAUAUCUGAUGAAGGCCUACAUUCUUCUAGGAGACAAUGUUUUUCUGGAGAGGUUCAACAUUCACUACAGUGCCAUUAUGAAGUACAUCAGUCAGCCUCCCCUGCUGCUCAAUGUACACAUGCACAACCCCACUGUGAGCGUGCGCAGCUGGAUGGACUCUCUCCUGGCAUUCUUCCCUGGCUUGCAGGUUUUGAGAGGGGAUCUGAAACCAGCUAUUGAGACUCAUGAAAUGCUUUACCAAGUCACCAAACAGCACAAGUUUCUUCCAGAGGCUUUCACUACAGAGUUUAGAGUUCAUUGGGGCCAGCACCUAUUGAGACCAGAGUUUGCAGAAAGCACCUACUACCUCUAUAAGGCCACUGGUGACCCCUACUACCUCAGAGUGGGACAGUCCAUUGUGGAAAAGCUCAAUGCCUAUGCCAGGGUGCCUUGCGGGUUUGCUGCUGUGCAAGAUGUCCGUACUGGGACACAUGAAGACAGGAUGGACUCGUUCUUUCUGGCAGAGAUGUUUAAAUACCUGUACCUGCUGUUUUCGGAAAAGAGUGAGCUACCCAUCGAUAUUGAUGACUACAUCUUUACCACAGAGGCUCAUCUCCUCCCUGUAUCUCUCUCCACCACUAAACCACCCUGUCAAGGAAACAAUACGGAGACAGUUCCUGUCUCUCAAGAGGAAGAUCUGUUCACACACUCCUGUCCUAGCAUGGAGACGCUGUUCCCCAACAACCCUUCAUUUGCCAAAACCAUCCGGGAUGGCUACAAGUACCUCACUGGGGUGGGACGAGCCUUCCACCCCUUACCUAUCAGGGAAAUUGAACUACCGCUUCAUGAUAAUGGCCUGGAGCCAGCAGAGUUCUUGAGAAGCAUGGGCAUUUCUCUCACUCCACUCAAUGAAGUCAUAACAAGAGGCACCGGAAGUCCGAAGGAGCAUAAAGGAGUGUACCGGGUUAAAUUUGUGGCAGAAGUAAGCCAGACAUCGGAGGAGGAGGAAGUAGUGCCUCAUGUAGUUCAACUAAUAUCACCGCCAUUUCUGGGAAGGACGGUUCUCACAGCGGGACCUGCCAAGUUUGGAAUGGACCUCACUAAGCAGGAGCACGGGGUGAAGGGCAGCAUAGUGAAAGCUUCUCCGUACACUGCAUGUGGGCCAGUAGAUAAUGCAGCGGAGCUUAAAGGCCACAUUGCUCUGGCAUUGCGUGGUGACUGCAUGUUCGCUGCAAAAGCUCGUCGUCUGCAGGAGGCAGGAGCCAUAGGAGUCAUCUUUCUAGACCACCGUGAAGGAAGUAACAGCGAGGAGACUCCCCUGUUCCAGAUGGUUGGAGAUGGCGACUCCACCGAAGACAUCACUUUGCCUUUGGUCUUCCUGUUUAGCCGUGAGGGUGCUGUGCUUACAGCUGCACUGGAGGAACAUCACAAUGUGGACGUGCUGCUGCUGCCCAAGGAGAGGCAGCUGGGACAUGAUAAGACAGAAAAACCUGUCGGCAUGAACAUCAAACUCCGCCUGGCAGAGGAAGGGGAGCUGGAGGAAGGGGCAUCCAGAGGGCCCACCUUGGAGUUUAUCUUAGAGAAAGAAGAGGUGCUUCUUAAGGUAGAGGAUGAAGAAGAGCUCAGAGGACAGCAACAGUUCUGCACAAAGACAGCAGAGGAUGACAGAACAGAACUAUGUUCAGAGGGUUCAUCUCCAACCCCAAACUCUGACAGUGAACCAGACACAAACCCGUGAUCACUGCUGAUCCUGAAGCAGUCACAUUUCCUAACACUGAUCCCUCAUCAGUUUCUGAAUGGCAUGUGCCUCAGAGCCCCUCACUGCCCUACAUGGAGCCCUGAGUGACCCAGCCCGCAUGUUUACAACCAAUGGAGGAAAGUGAAGCUCCCACCCUGUCCUGACUCUGAAACCUAAAGACAGUUAUUUAUUAGACAGGAAGAGCUUUUUUUCUCAGAAACGAGGAUUCAUUAACUAAACUAGUUAGUUAAAGGCCGUAGGUUAAGCUGUAGGUUAAGAUUGCUGGGCUGGUGCUUCCCACAUUUAGCCUGUAGUGUUGCUAUUGUAGGCACAUACGAGGUGUUCGUGGUGAUAAUGAUGUAGAUCAUUGACUUUUAAAAUGACCUCACCUUAGAGGAAAACAUUAAAAAAACGCAAAAGUGUACUCAGCUAGGUUUUUAUGCAAUGCAGUUUGUUUUUAAUGUAGAUUGCACCUUUUCACUUAAACAACUACUGUUAAAUAUUCAGUAAUGGUGGAUGGAACAUUAACUGGCCAGUAGGUGGAGUUAGCCACCUUAACUUCUCAGUAUAUAAUGUAAGCAGAUGAAGGAGAUGAACUGGGGCCAAUUUGAAGAGUUUAUUUUAUUUUGUACUAGUAAGCAACUUCAGGGAAUUUUCGAGUGAAUGCAGUUUGCUAGGUUAACCAAUUUGAUGAAAUGUGUGUGUGUGUGUUCUGCAUUUUCUUUUUGCUAUAAUGUGUGUGUGUGUAUGUGUGUGUGUGCGUGCAGGGUGUGUAACAACUAUAAUACCCAAGAAAGCAUCUCAGCUAAAACAUCACUGCUAUCCGAUUUAAAAACCCUUAAUCAUGUCAUUAUCAAAACAUUGCAAAAAUGACCAAAGCUGGUUUUCUUGCAACUGAAGUCUAUGUGUGUACAUCUGCUGAGGUCCAGAUGCAGCAUCACAGGUUGGUCUGCAGUCCCAGACUGCUAUGCACUUUGAAACACGGGUAUGAUCGUCUGUGGCGGAAUCAAACAGAAAUUCAGAAUUCAGCCUGUCUUUGCAUUUGUUUGUGUAUUUCGCAGUAAUGAAACAUUUUGUCAUGAUGCAAUGUUUGUAUCCAUUAAAAUAAAAGGAAAAACUCUACAGGGUUAGUUUCUAAGAUCCAUAAAGCUCACUGGAGCACAGCAGUGGAUUUGUCUUCAUCUGAAAUGAAAACAGUCAAACUGAAAAUCCCGAUUAAAUGUUGUACAUUGUCUCCAAAGCAGGAUUGAUACAGUGGUACUCAUUGAAUUUUCUGGCUGCAUUUUGGUUUCUAGUUUUGUUCACUCUUUUGUCAAGACUUAAAUGUACCCGCUGUUGGUCUCUCACAUUCGAAACAUAUACUACACCACAUUAUGGGCAUUCUUAUGUGUAAUAACUUUAUGCAACAAUUCAGAAAGAUGCACAACUCUUUAAUUCACUUACUUCAUUCUCACUAAUGAUUUGUUGCAUGAUUUUUGUCUUUCAUGGUACACGAAAUGUGAGCUUAUGUUUGCGUGUAGGAAAAAAAACACUUUGUUCUUUUAGGUUUGUACAGUGGACCUUUUCCCAAUGCUGCUGAAUUAAUUUCAAGUCUUAAUCCAACAUGCCAUUUUUUUGUUUUGUUUGUUUGUUUAGCCUGUAUGAGGCUUUGCCAACCGGUAUACCUCAGGACUGUGUAUGCCUGCUGUGGACUGUGUUCUCUGUUCACACAGAGAAAGGGACCAUGGACAAAAAGUAUGGGCUUAUUUUCAUAAUAUUUCAUGCUAUUUAAUGUUGUGUUCAGCUGUUUUCUACGAUAUCUGUCAAUCAGUUGCUGAAAGUCAAAAAGUGCCAAAAGAGAUGCAUGACAUGGCUCCUGUUUCUGUUUCACAUCUUCUCUGUACUGUAGUUUCUGACUGUGAGCUGAGGCAGUCUUGUCAAUUAAAAAUCACACUUUCAAACA